CGAGGGCGCCUCCUCCUGGUGGCGCUGGUGCUGCCGGUGCUGCUGUGGGCGCGGGGGGCCCGGGGCCAGGGCGACCCCCUGCAGGGCACGGUCCUGGGCAUGAGGCUGGCGAGCUGCAACAAGUCGUGUGGGAUGAACUCGGACGGCAUCAUCUUCGUGUCCGAGGGCAGCACCGUGAACCUGAGGCUGUACGGCCAGCGGCUGGGCGCCGUCUCCAGCAACCUGAUCUCCUUCACCGAGGUGGACGACUCCGAGACCUCCCGCAACUCCACCAGCUGCCCGGAGCUCACCAAGGACCUGGUGGUCCAGCAGCUGGUCAAUGUGAGCCGCGGGAACACGUCCGGGAUGCUGGUGGUGCUCACCAAGUUCCUGCGGAGGAGCGAGAACAUCAAGCUGUAUGCCCUGUGCACCCGCGCCGCGGUGGACCGGCCCUGGGAGAGGUGGACGGACAAAGACUCGCUGCUGUUCAUGGUGGAGGAGGCCGGGAGCUUCCUGCCCCUCUGGCUGCACAUCCUCCUCGUUAUGGUGCUGCUGGUGCUGUCGGGCAUGUUUUCUGGCCUUAACCUGGGCCUCAUGGCCCUGGACCCCAUGGAGCUGCGCAUAGUGCAGAACUGUGGCACUGACAAGGAGAAGCGCUAUGCCCGCAAGAUUGAGCCCAUCCGGCGCAAGGGCAACUACUUGCUCUGCUCGCUGCUCCUGGGAAACGUGCUGGUCAACACCUCCCUCACCAUCCUUUUAGACAACCUCAUUGGAUCUGGCCUCAUGGCGGUGGCCUCCUCCACUAUUGGCAUCGUCAUCUUUGGGGAGAUCGUGCCUCAGGCCCUGUGCUCCCGACAUGGGUUGGCCGUGGGUGCCAACACCAUCAGUCUCACCAAAUUUUUUAUGCUGCUCACUUUCCCACUCAGUUACCCCGUCAGCAAGCUCCUGGACUUCGUCCUGGGCCAGGAGAUUGGCACGGUUUACAACCGGGAGAAGCUGAUGGAGAUGCUGAAGGUGACGGAGCCCUACAAUGAUCUCGUGAAAGAGGAGCUCAACAUGAUCCAGGGUGCCCUGGAGUUACGGACCAAGACUGUGGAGGAUGUCAUGACCCAGCUCCAAGACUGCUUCAUGAUCCCCAGUGAUGCCAUCCUGAACUUCAACACUAUGUCAGAGAUUAUGGAAAGCGGCUAUACCCGCAUUCCUGUGUUUGAAGACGAGCAAUCCAAUAUUGUAGAUAUUCUCUAUGUAAAAGACUUGGCCUUCGUGGACCCUGAUGACUGCACCCCCCUCAAGACCAUCACCCGCUUCUACAACCACCCCGUCCACUUUGUCUUCCACGACACCAAGUUGGACGCUAUGCUGGAAGAGUUCAAGAAGGGGAAGUCCCACCUGGCCAUCGUGCAGAAGGUGAACAACGAGGGUGAGGGUGACCCGUUCUACGAGGUCCUGGGCCUGGUCACCCUGGAGGACGUCAUCGAGGAGAUCAUCAAGUCUGAGAUCCUGGACGAGUCGGAUAUGUACACUGACAACCGAAGCCGGAAACGGGUAUCCGAGAAGAACAAGCGGGAUUUCUCAGCCUUCAAGGAUGCUGACAAUGAGCUCAAAGUGAAAAUCUCACCUCAGCUGCUUCUGGCUGCUCAUCGCUUCCUGGCCACGGAGGUGCCCCUGUUUAACCCCUCUCUGAUAUCGGAGAAGAUCCUGCUGCGGCUGCUGAAGUACCCAGACAUCAUCCAGGAGCUCAAGUUUGACGAGCACGACAAGUACAACAGCCACCAUUACCUGUACACCCGAAAUAAGCCGGCUGACUACUUCAUCCUCAUCCUCCAGGGGAAGGUGGAAGUCGAGGCCGGCAAGGAGAACAUGAAGUUUGAGACGGGCGCCUUCUCCUACUACGGGAUCAUGGCACUGGCCUCAGCCCCCUCUGACCGCUCCCCGUCCUAUCCCCUCAGCCGCUCGGCCUCCCUCAGUUACCCGGACCGCACAGAUGUCACGAGCUCCUCUCCCAUAGCCGGCAGCAGCGUCCAGUUCGGCAGCUCCAUCCUGGCCCAGUACAUCUCUGACUUCAGUGUCCGAGCACUCAUGGACCUCCAGUACAUUAAGCCACAGUACUGGCCCCACCUCACCAGGUCUGAUGAGGUUCUGCCGCCUCCCAGCCCCUGCUCUCCGUGAACCUCUUCCUUUCUUCAUGCAGAUCACCCGGCAACAGUACCAGAACGGGCUUCUGGCCUCACGCAUGGAGAACUGCCCUCAGUUUCCCAUGGACGGGUGUGCCACCUACUCAGAGAACUUCUCCGAGAAGUCUGAGCUGCCUGUAGUGGACGAGACCACAACUCUCCUCAACGAACGUAACUCCUCGCUGCACAGAACCU